AUGCCAAAUAUUACUGGCACUCUCCGUAUCGAGAGAAACAACGAAGGCACACUCCGUCUGAUCCAGUCACUGUUAGGGCCCGACAGACCAUUCAAUGCCACCGCAAAGAUCAAUCACGCUCUGGAAGGCCCCUGCCCAGCUGCUGUGGGACUGAUGGACCUCGAAGCGGACUGUCGAUUGCGUCCUACGCUCGCGACUGACCCGCUGGGGCCACGGGUUUCUGCUGCGACACUCACGGUCAACGGCCAACAGCAUGGCUUGCCAGGCCAGUGCUGCAUCAAGAUGGCUUUUGGCUCCCAAGAGUACUAUUCGCUCAAGCGUGAGCAUGAUCUCUACAGCCACGAGCUGCGUGAACUUGGUGGCAUUGCUGUGCCGCGCUGUCAUGGGUUCUUCGGUAAAAUGGUGAAAGGCAAGCUGGUCGGGUGUCUAGUGCUGGACCUGUGCGUCGGAACCGUCAAUGUUCCAAAGGAUCAGUUCGUGGAGAAAGCAAUGGCCGAGGGCAAUUGCUCGGUGGAGGAAAUGAAUUCUUACAGGAAGGGUGAGGAACGACAGGAAUUCCAUCGCCUGAUCAUGGCGGCGAUCUGCAAGUUGCACUUGGCUGGAGUCAUUCACGAUCGACUAUAUCACUUUGUCCCGAACAUCGUAAAGCCGUAUCCGUACUAUCGCCACUUCGUCAUGCAGGGCCACUCGGUCCUGGUAGUUGACUUUUCAACGGCACGCCCACACUCACGCGACUGUCCGAUUGGCACGCCGCAGAAAGUAGAGCGAACAGUUUGGCACAUCGAGCGGCUUUCAAAUAUUCCAAACGAAGACGUGGACCUCAAGGCCUCAAACGAUAAAGACAGGACUGCAUAG